AGGUGGCUAAAUGUCGUAGUGUUUUGUAGUCAGAGGGGGAAACUUGAUUUGACCAGAAGUAAAUAGCGAAGUUUUCACUCAAGUCACGUGGAUUGUGUUCAGUCUUGAAUAAUGUCUUCUAAAGAAGCCAGCGGCAAAGAUGUUCAACAUGAUAUCUCUUUCUUGUCUUCUCUUCCACAAAAAUCAUCUACUACAAUUAGAUUUUUUGACAGAAAUGAUUAUUAUUCUUUAUAUGGAGAAGAUGCAUUAUUUAUUUCAAAAGAAAUAUUUAAAACUCAAUCAAUGGUGAAAUAUAUUGGAAAUGAGAAAACUCCUUAUUUAUGGUUGAGUAAAUCAAAAUUUGAAGUUCAGUUAAGAGAUUUAUUAUCUAUAAAGCAAUAUAGAAUAGAAAUUUAUAAAAAUUUAGCAUCUGGAAAAGGAAAUGAUUGGCAGAUAAUUUGCAAGGCAUCACCAGGUAAUUUAACACAAAUUGAAGACAUUUUAUUUUCCAACGAUGAGAUAUCUGAAGAUAUACAAGCAAAAGGAGUCUUGGCAAUUAAAUUGACAGUGGAUAAUAAUCAGCAAAAGAUGGUAGGAGUUGCUUAUGGUGAUGCAUUUUCUCAAAAAAUUUUAGUUUCAGAAUUUCCAGAUAAUGAUGCAUUGUCAAAUCUUCAGUUUGGAUUUCCUUCUAGUAGUGAUUACCUGUAG